AUGCUCCGAGUCUCGUGCCGUUUUUUUGGUGCCCUUCAGGAAAUCUUUUCUCGGGGUCAAGGGGUGUGGAAUUUGGAUUUUGGUAACUCGCCGACGACGGAGGAUCUCAUCUUCAACUCGGCCCCCAAGACCUCGACACCCCCUUUUCACGUCCUCGACCUUGAAGGUAAUAUCGUUAACAAAAUAAACGAACCAGUGGUGCCGAAGGAAACAUUAGUGAAGAUAAUGGAAACGAUGAUACGGUCAAAUACUAUCGACAACAUUCUUUUGGAGGCGCAGCGACAGGGUCGAAUUUCAUUUUACCUUACCGCAUUGGGUGAGGAGGCCACCGUCGUUGGUACGGCUGCAGGAUUAGAGAUACGGGAUGAGGCCUUCCUGCAGUAUCGUGAGGCUGGGUUCCUCCUGUACCGUGGUUAUAACAUUCCACAGUUGGUUGCGCAAUGCAUGGGGAAUGUGGAAGACGUGCUGAAAGGGAGGCAGAUGCCCAUACAUUAUGGAUCGCGGGAGUUAAAUGUGCAUAUGGUAAGUUCGCCACUCGCAACACAGAUUCCACAUGCGGCAGGUGCGGGUUAUGCUUUUCGGCUUGAGAAUGAGGAAUUGUCCGAUGAAAGCAAGUCACGAGUAGCCGUAGUGAUUUUCGGUGAAGGAGCAGCGAGUGAGGGAGAUUUCCAUGGGGGAGUUAACUUUGCCGCUGCUACGGGAUCUAACACUCUCUUCGUUGUACGGAAUAAUGGCUAUGCUAUUUCGACUCCUGCGCGUGUACAGUACAAAGGUGAUGGAGUGCUAGCGCGUGGUAUCGGCUAUGGUAUUCCAUCUGCUCGAGUGGAUGGGCAGGACGUGCUCGCAAUAUUGCAAGCCGUCCAGCAAGCACGACAAAUCAUACGUACUACCAACCAGCCUGUUCUAAUCGAAGCUCUUUGCUAUCGUUUACAACACCACUCCUCUUCUGAUGAUAGUGGUAUGUACCGUUCAAGUGAUGAAAUUGAAAACUUCUUAGCGCUCUCCCCACUUGAUCGAUUUGAAAAAUUCCUUGUGAAACGGGACUUAUGGACAGCUGAGCAUACGGGGGCGCUGGCGAAACAGGUUCGUGAGGAACUGUUGCAGGAGUUACGUCGACAAGAAUUGUUACCUCAUUGGCCGGCAGAUGUUAUGCAUGAUGAUGUCUACAAGGUAAAGACACCAGACUUGGUUAAAGCACAAAAGGAAUUGCAAGCUCACUACGAACGAAACAGGGGAUUCUACGGCAAGUGA